CUCUAGUCCCACACCGCCAUCUGAACUUUGAGCCGCAUCCUUCUUUCGUCAUCAACCAGCACCAUCAGCACGCAGUAAGAGGGGGGGUACAUCAGGCAUUGGGGAGAGAUGGAACUGUGAUGGAAAGAGCUGGAAAAGACUCUCGAAGAUAAUUCUUCUUACACACCGCCGACAUGUCCUCGUGGAUAUCUCGCGCGACGGAGAGCCGCAAUGCUCAGCUUGUGACCACUGCAGUGGUGUCCGGCGUAGUCGUUGCGAGCGCCAUCCUUGGUCUCCAGAAGGCGAAGCGCAUGUACAGAGUGGCCGAUCUGAAAGCCUCCAUACCAGACAUCACCGAUGAUCAUCACUCGACACGACUCACCGAAUAUGGCGCCGCCUCGUCAGUCUUCAAGCCCAGCAAAGAAGACGAACGCUCCAUGGCCCUAGCAGCCCGUGCCCGCAAAGGUGACUACGACGACGACCUGAUCCUGGAGCAGCUGGCACGCAACCGCGUCUUCCUCGGCGACGAGGGGCUUGAGAAGCUGCGCAACGCAUUCAUCAUCAUCGUCGGCUGCGGCGGUGUCGGUUCACACGCAGCCGCCGCGCUCGCGCGCUCAGGAUGCUCGAAACUGCGCCUAAUCGACUUCGACCAGGUGACUCUGUCGUCGCUAAACCGGCACGCGCUGGCCACGCUCGCCGACGUGGGGACGCCAAAGGUCCACUGCAUCCGGCGGCAGCUCGAGAAGAUCACGCCCUGGACGCACUUUGAAUGCCUCAAUGCCCUGUUCUCCGCACAGAGCGCACCGGCCCAAUUAGCUCCCCUCGACUCGACGGGCCAAAAGCCAGACUUCGUCAUCGACGCAAUCGACAACAUAGACUCAAAGGUCGCACUCCUGCACUACUGCCACGCAAACUCCAUCCCCGUCAUCUCCUCCAUGGGCGCAGGCUGCAAGUCGGACCCGACGCGCCUCUUCAUCGGCGACAUCAGCACCUCGACCGACGACCCUCUAUCGAAAUCCACGCGGCGAAAACUGCGCCUUCUGGGCGUCCACAGCGGCAUCCCCGUCGUGUACUCGACCGAGCGGCCCGGCCCGGGCAAGGCCGAGCUACAGCCGCUCAAGCAGGAGGAACUCGCCAAAGGCGACGUGGGCGAGCUCGGCGUGCUGGCCGACUUCCGCGUCCGCAUCCUGCCCGUGCUGGGCACCAUGCCGGCCAUCUUCGGCCUCGCCGUCGCAAACCACGUCAUAACCCUCAUCUCAGGCUACCCCACCGCCUAUCUGCCCUCCAAGUCGCGCGACAAGAUGUACGACGGCAUUCUGGGCGCGCUGCAGGGCGCCGAGGAACGACUGGCGCGCCACGUCACCGGCGCGCCGGCCCAGGGCCUCAAGAUCCCCAUCACCGUCGACGACGUCGCAUUCCUCGUCGAGGAAGUGUACAGCGCGCGCUCCAUCGUGUCCGGCCUCUCGACGCGGCUGUUUCUGACGCGCUGGGAGGCGCCCGCCGCUGCGAUGCUGGAUGGAAGUGUACCCGGGCAGAGAGCAAGCACGCUCAGGAUGAACGAGCUGGUCGUCAUGACCAAGGAGGAGAUUGCGAAGCACGAGAAGGAGGUCCUGAAGGGGGGGCGGAGCGCGGAGGAUGUCUGGGGCGAGGGGGUGGUGCGGCGGGUUGAGGCGCGAUUGGCCGAGGAGCAAAGGUAUGAGAGAUUCAGGUGAGAGAUAGGAAGGGGGGUUUCGGACAUGGUGGGUUUUGUACGUGUACUUGUAUUAGUAUGAGGAAGGCCUGGAAGGCUCUACCAUUUUGCUGCAGAUACCA